AUGGCCCAGGAUAUCUACCCCAAUGGUUCUCCAGCUGGCAGUAUCGAUGCCAAUGGAACAACUCCUAAUACGGAGUUCUCGCCCCAAGAUAGUCCUGUUCUGCAGUAUCAAACUCUCAACUCAAAAGACAAGAAGAGACUGCUUGCGAGAGAGAAAUUGGCCACCUUGACAUUGGAAGAAAAGAUAUCCCUUCUUACUGCUGCCGACUUUUGGAGGACCAAGGCCCUUCCUGAAAAGGACAUUCCUGCAAUCAAGACAAGCGACGGACCCAAUGGCGCUCGCGGGUCGAUCUUUGUCGGUGGCACCAAGGCCGCACUCUUCCCCUGCGGCGCCUCGCUUGCAGCGACCUGGAACAAGGAACUUCUGUAUCAGGUCGGCCAGCACCUUGCCCGGGAAGCCAAGGCUCGGGCAGCUAACGUCUUGCUGGCUCCCACUGUCUGCAUGCAUCGACAUCCGCUGGGAGGACGGAACUUUGAGUCGUUCUCCGAAGACCCCCUCUUGACUGGCAAGCUGGCUGCCCAAUAUAUCAGGGGACUGCAGGACGGUGGGGUGGCGGCCACGAUUAAACACUUUGUGGGCAACGAGCAGGAGACGAACAGGCUGACAGUCAACUCGGUCAUUGCUGAGCGGCCGCUCCGUGAGAUCUACCUGCGUCCCUUCGAGAUCGCCGUGCGCGAGGCUAGGCCGUGGGCGCUCAUGGCAUCGUAUAACGCUGUUAAUGGUGUUCAUGCUGACAUGAAUACUCACAUUCUGAGGGACAUCCUUCGUGGUGAAUGGGGCUAUGAUGGAACCGUCAUUUCCGACUGGGGCGGCAUGAACUCGACCGUUGAGUCUCUCAAAGCCGGCUGCGACAUCGAAUUUCCCUUCUCAACCAAAUGGCGCUUUCACAAGCUCCUCGACGCCCUCCGCGCAGGCAAAAUCACCGAAGAAGAUAUCGACCGCGCAGCCGAGAACGUUCUCACACUCGUCGAGCGCACCAAAGGCAGUGACCUAACUCCCGAGCCCCCCGAGCGCGAAGACGACCGCCCUGAAACCCGCGCCCUGAUCCGUGAAGCCGGCGUACAAGGCAUCACGCUCCUCAAAAAUGACCGUAAACUCCUUCCCCUGGACGCAGCAACGACCCGGGUGGCCGUCAUCGGCCCUAACGCUGCCCGCGCCAUUGCCGGAGGAGGCGGCAGCGCCUCCCUCAACCCGUACUACACUACCACGCCGCUGGAUGGCAUCAGGGCCCUGGCCAAGCAGCCCGUCACGUACAGCCGGGGAUGCCACAUCCAUAAGUGGCUGCCUGUGGCGUCGCCGUUGUGCAGUGACAAGCUUGGCAGGCCGGGCGUGACGAUCGAGUGGUUCCGUGGAGACAAGUUUGAGGGCGAGCCGGUGCUCGUGCAGCGUCGGCUGAACACGGAUCUCUUCCUGUGGGACUCAGCGCCGUUGGAGAAGGUCGGCCCGCAGUGGUCGGCGGUGGUGACAGGCUAUUUGUUGCCGCCAAGUAGUGGCAGGCAUACGCUGUCGUUUAUGUCGGUUGGGCCGGGUAGAUUGUUUGUGGAUGGGAAGUUGCUGGUGGAUUUGUGGGAGUGGACGGAGGAAGGAGAGGCUAUGUUUGAGGGGUCAGAAGAUGUGCUUGUGCAGUUGGAUAUGCGUGAGGGACGGGCGAUUGAGUUGCGAGUGGAGAUUACGAAUGAGUUGCGGCCAAGAAGGAAGCAGGAGGUGUUUGGGAUUACUCAUAAGUAUGGUGGGUGUAGGAUUGGAUUCCUGGAGGAGGAUAAGGUUGACUAUUUUGAGCAGGCUGUAGAAGCGGCCAAGCAGGCGGAUGUGGCAGUCGUGGUGGUUGGAUUGGAUGCUGAGUGGGAGAGUGAGGGGUAUGAUCGCGAGACAAUGGAUCUGCCGAAAGACGGGAGCCAGGAUAGGUUGAUUGAGGCGGUGGUUAGGGCGAACCCGAACACCAUCGUUGUCAACCAAUCUGGGUCACCAGUUAGCAUGCCCUGGGCAGACCAGGUUCCUGCUAUCAUCCAGGCGUGGUAUCAGGGGCAGGAAGCUGGGAAUGCGCUUGCCGAGGUGAUAUUUGGAAUACGGAAUCCUAGCGGCAAGCUCCCGGUAACUUUCCCCCGGCGACUGGAAGAUACGCCAGCCUACCACAACUGGCCUGGUGAACACAACACGGUAAUGUACGGUGAAGGCAUCUUCAUCGGCUACCGACACUACGACCGGACGCACAUUCCCCCCCUCUUCCCCUUCGGCCAUGGCCUGUGCUACACCCAAUUCGAAUACGGACGGCCAUCAGUCACUCCCAAAAUCCUGCGCGAGUGCGGCUCGCUCGAAGUAAUUGUCGCUGUGACCAAUAUUGGCGACAGAGAAGGAAUGGAGACCGUGCAAUUCUAUGUCAGGAGGUGCGACGAGAAGGGCAGGAACAAGAACAAGGUUGUCAGGCCAGAGAAGGAGCUGGUUUCGUUUGAGAAAGUUGAGUUAGAGCCUGAUGAGACAAAGCACAUUCGUGUGAUACUGGAUAAGUAUGCGGUUGGGUACUGGGACGUUGGGGAGAAUAGGUGGGUAGCGGAGCAGGGGAAGUGGGAAGUAUUGGUUGCAGCGUCGGCAGGGGAUGUUAGGUAUUCUGCUGCGUUUGAGAUUAAGAAGUCAUUUUCAUGGGUGUUUUGA